CUCGUGGAAGGCCGCAGUUGAACAAGCAAGAAACACGCAACAUUAACGUUGAACAGCCUGAGUCAGAAGCAGGUUUUUAUUGCAGAAACGUUUUCUUCAGUUUGAUGGGCGGUGACCGGAAUCGCUGCGAAAACUACAACAAACGGAAGAAGAAAUGCCGAAGAAUCAAGUAGCGGGCAAAAAACUGUUCACUUGAAGUUUCGUUCUCGGUUAAGAUCAUCGGCUAGCGAUUGCUGCUCUAUAUUUCUUCGCUGGUUUUUCUUCACUUGAGUACUCGAGCGCUCCGGAAUAGUUAGAGACCCGAAGAGCAUGAAGCUGGAAUAGUCCAAGAAGCAACAUGAAGAAGUCACCAGUCUUCAAUUUUGGAUAGUUUUGUGCCAAGUGACUUUGAUGGAAUAAGUUGUGGACCAGUGUUGUACAAUUUUGUUUAGUAUUGUUUCGAGUUUUGCGAGAUCCAAUCAUGGAACUCAAACACACAGUCUUGGUCAUCCUGAAGAUUUUGGUAUCAACAGGCUUGAUCGUCCAACGAGUUCGUUGCUCAGAAGCGGCCGUCCUGAUGGGCGGACAUCGAGACAACGUGAACCGAACUGAACCACCUCCGACUUUCGAUGAAUACUACGAUUAUUCCGACUAUACGGAAAGUGCGGAAACGCAACCAACCAACAAAACGGACUCAGAAGAAAUUCCCAACCCCUCGCCGCUUGUUCUGCCUGGCUACAACCUGCCGGAGAACAUCUUCAACAAAGGCAAGCCCUUCUACGCGGAGAAGGAUCCUUUAACCGGCAAAAUCGACCUGGACCAUAAAUCCCCGUCCCUAAAGGCAGCGGAAGGCGACUCUUAUGAGUACCUGGACGAUCAACCGUCCGAUAUCCACGACAAGAAAAACAUCGACCGGAAGGACGGAAGUAUUUCAUACGGCAGCCAUAAGCAGGCGGACGUUAAUCAACUGACUCCGAAUUUUCACGACUUUCUGAACCUGCCCGUCAAGUACAACCCCAACAAGUACGUCUACCCGCUGAUCUCCAGCUCGUAUGCCAGCACCAAGAUCCAAGGGAGUGUUAACAAGUUUCACAACCAUAAAGAUUCUUUUGGGGUGCAGAAAACCACCACGACCAAAAAGCCUGCCUCCUACCAUUCCACAGUUUCCAGCUACUCGUACAGAACCACGCAGAGAACCAUGGCGACCACUCCUGUAAGCACCACCACAACCACGAAACCCACCACAGUAAGGAGAUACCCAGAGCUGACCACUCCACUGGUGACUGUUCUGAACUCGUCCAUGUCCCAUCCGAGCUUCAGUGACGAGUACGAGUACAAUGAGGAAGUUUUGGCAACCACCGCAAGCGAAAAGCCCAGGAAGCCCUCAACCACUCAGAACGUUAGGGAUGUGUUUCUGACGACUAGCACCCAGGCGCCCACAAACCGCGUCAUGAGCCUAUUUGAGCAACUCUUUGGAGACUAUGAUGAAACCGUCAGUACCACUCAGGCAACGGUUCCGCCUGCGUCAACCACCACUUCCAAGCCGGCUUCCCCCACAACCACUCAGGGAUAUUACCCGAACAUCCAUGCAGGUCCCAUUCCCAAUGUGUUAACUGGCUCCAAUAUGGGGCUGGAGCAGAGCUACGAAUACGAGGAGGAUUACAACGAUGAGAACAUUCAGGACAGCAUCCCAGUGGAGAAUAAAGUGCACGCGAACAUCGACGACCUGAGCUUGAGCGUGGAACCUCUAAAGCCGGUCACCAAGCUGAUGCUAGUCAACAAAACUCUGCAUGAAGACAAGGGAAAGCUAGAGAAGAAGCCCAUCGCCCCCAAACCGGAUUUGAGCAAAAACAAACCGUUCCCCGUAAAAUCGAGCACCUACAGCGACUUUACGGUGCAGAAGACUACAGCUACCAGCACCACGACUACCACAACCACCACCACCACAACUUCAAGGCCCCCCAGCAUUUCCCCUACAACCUACAGACCAACUACCCCCCGAGUCACUUCCCUACCUCUAGGGGAAAACCACAUCAGCCCCCCGCCAUUCAACAAAGACCCAAUCAUAGUGGCCACUCAGAACCUGCGAGAGAAACUCAACAGCGAAAAGGUGGCCGCCAAACAGCAACCCCAGCUGAUACUACAGCCACCCCAAGACUACCAAAGGCCGCCUAAUCUGCCUCCCAGCUCCACUAACUUCCACAUAGCGCCCGGCCAGGAUACCAUGUCGCUGGUGGUCGGGCACCAUCAGAGCGUAGGCGAUGGAGGCCAGUACGUAGGCACCGCCUUAAAGGAGAACCUAUUUGAUAGCAAACCUUUCACGCCCUUAUUCGGGCCGGAGGGUGGCUUUGCCCACCCCAACCAGCACCUGCAAAUAGGCCUACAACCACCACAGGCGUCCGAGGCGACUGGAAGUGCGGUGACCAUACAGCCCAUGCAAAACUCCGAGGCCUCCCUAGCCAUAGGGAUGCCGGUGAAUGGUAUGAAGCAAGUGCCUGGUCAGGUGAUGGACGCAACUUUGGAAACCGAUGGUCAUGUGAACUUCCCAAGCCCCCAGGGACAGAGUGAGAGGAACAAGGUGGUUUUCCCAGAGGAGAAGAAGCCGGCUCAGUCCCAUCAGCAACACAACAGGGAAGUGCUGAAGCUCAACUCCAAGCCGAUGUACCAUCAAUUGCCCAGCGAUUUAACGCCGCCAAAGGAGCAUGACUUAGGGGCUUUGCCCCCGCGGUAUGCAGACAGGCCUAUGAGGCCUCCAUGGGACCCCAGGCCAGGACAUUUCUACAGCGGGAAACCUGAGUAUGUGCGUCCUCCGAGACCGAACCCCACUGAAGUCGCCUUUAAACGAAUAGACAACCUGCCCAACAUCCUGCCUCAGUUCAGGCCCAACACGCAGCAUCGACACGCGGCGCCCCCACAUUACCAUUUCGACCAGAGGCUUAACCGGCAACCGUUACUAGAGCGGCCGUCCAACAGGCCUGUUGGAUUCUUUGAGAAAAUGGGACCUCCUCCUGAGCAGCCAAAUGUGUACAAUCGAUAUCCUCCCAAGAAUAUUUUGAGAGGUCCUCCUCCGGAGGACCGCAGACGGUUACCUCUUCGGGUUAACUACGAUCUUGACGAUCAUAGGCCCUUAGGCCCGCAGCCUCCUCAAAGUCUGGACGAGCAGAGUCCUAUGGCAGAAGACCGAAUCAUGAACGAAGACCCCAGGAGGUCGCAAUUAAUUAACGGCCCGGAGUUGAAUUUGUAUCAAACGCCUCCGAAUAUCCCCAUAAAUAACCGCAGAAAUGGCAACGGUGACGCUGAAGUGGAAACCCUGCAAAUGAUUCAAGCUAAAAAUGAUAAGGAGAAAGACAGCGCUGACGCUGACGAGCAUGAGGAUGGCGAUGAGGAAAAGACCGAAAUACAGACUGAUACGGUGAAAGUGGUGGCCAAAGAGCCAGAGCGGGAGAGUGGUGGAGAUAAAACCAUCUACAAAGUCUACCCGGUUAACACCGCCCCGAUAAUCGACGUGGAAAGGAACGAGCCAGUGAUAAUCGGGAGCAAAUCGGAGCCUCCUUUGUAUCCAUCGAAAAUCAAUGGGGACUUCGACUUUCAGCAGCAGGACAGAAACGAGGCUCCCAUUCUGAAACCCCAUCCCAGGCCUCCAACGUUUCCAGCUAAAUUCGACUUUCCCUAUCCCCUAGAAAGGCCCGAUUCCAUCAGACACCCGGAGGCUGCAAGCAAUAAAAUCAGCGACUUGAACCAGGAGUCGUUCAACUACAACAACCAGUGGAACUCGGUUAAUGACAAUUUGGAGUCGAGAAUCGUCACGGGGGGAAAACCCAAUUUCGCCCCCAACCAGAUCUCGGCCACCUUGAAAACAUACACGGAGAAACCAAUUGCUAUAGCUUAUACGCCGACGGAGCCGAAUUUGAACGCGGAUAAAUACUCGAUGCCCAACUAUGGAAGCCCGGUGAUUCCGGAAAUUCGGCCAGGAAGUGUGGACAAUGAUGACAUUGGGCAUGGCCCGAAGAAUUCCGAGAUUACCGUUCACGCCACCAUGCAUACGAAUCCGAACGUGAACGUUCCUUUCAGAGGGCCCAUUUACCAAGAGCCCUCCAACCACAAGUUCAAUCACAAGAUCGAUGUGGAUGUGGAUUCGGAUCCAGUGCCUGCCCAGCUGGAUUUCCAAGCCCCUUUCCAAGCCAGUGUUAAGCUGGAUGCUUCCACCAACCAGGGAUGGUCAGUGGUGAGGGACAAGAAUCGCACAACCACUGAAGAGGCUGAAGUGACCACGCUUCCUCUGGCCACUACCAGCGAGUUUGAUAUUGAGAACUUUAAGCCGCAACUCAUCGGUGGCUUCAAGCCACUUUACAGUAUGCCUGAUGAGGGCAGGAAAAGUGAAGACAUUGCCGAUAGGGCAGAGAAAUAAAAAAUUUAACGAAGAAGGAAGCAUGAAUAGCUGACUGACAUCGCUCCAACCUGGGAGUGCGCACGUUUAGAACUUAACUUAGGAACUGAAAGUUAACCGAUAGUUACAACACCAUUAUAUAAUAUGUGCGUGUAAAUAAUGCAGCUUAAAAACUUCAAGAAGGGACAAUCGGUGUAAGUGUGUGGGGGUUUAAUAGUAGUGAACAUUAAACUGAGUUACAGCUCUAAUCUUUAGAGGUUUCUAGGCCUCAGUGUUAAGGGCAACAAAGCAGUGGGACAAUAUUCAUCUUGCUCUUAUCACUGAACUUGUUGAUGUCGCUUUAAAGUAGCUUAAUUAUUUAUUUAUUUGUUAUUUUUUUAUGGAAAUAAAUUGUUUGAAAUUUGCUUUUCCAACCAAGACAUUUCUACUCAAUUGAUAGAUUCAGCAAACGAAACUGAAAAUCAAUCAAAUUAAUCCUGUUAUAAUUCUAAAAGUUGUUAUUGCAUGUUGUUGAGCCUGAAAGUUUUGCGGUCUCAACUUCUUUUUAGGCCUGGUUAACACUGUGUUGAGUUGCGCUAUUGAGUUGUUGCCGGUCUC